AUGAAAAAAUUCCGUCUGUCCAAAUUAUUCAAUGGACCUAAAGUUGACAAAGAUGGCGUAAAAUGCUGCAACAAGAGAAUGUCACUUCUUCUAUCGAUGUGGCCUGAAAACUCGGAAUCGCGCCAACGAAUGCUGGAAAGUUCAUCGAGCGCAAACUUCCUCACCACCUAUUCUUGCCAGAAGGUGACGAAACUCCAGACUGGGUUGAACGUAUUGCAGCGAUGCAAACCUGCGUUCGUCCUAAUCCUUACACCGCUAAUUUUCGCUCCUAUGCUGAUCAACAAAGAAAAGGAAUGGCGAUGCGCUUUCUGUAUCGCCGUCAUGGCAACAUACUGGAUGACGGAAGUGUUACCGUUAGCGGUGACAGCACUGCUUCCAGUGAUUCUUUUCCCGUUGACUGGUGUGAUGACGUGCACGGAAACUGCGCAACAGUUUAUUAAUGUAACCAAAGAACAAUACAAUUCUGAAAGGAUGAUGAAUGUAUAUCAAAUCUCUAUAAAGGGACCACCAAACGAAUAUAAAGAAGUGAAUAAAAUUUCUCAAGACACGAAUUUUUUGUUUAUUGGUGGUCUGAUCAUGGCCGCUGCCGUUGAAAAAUGUGAUUUACACCAAAGGGUCGCCUUAUCCGUGUUAAAAAUGGUCGGAGGAGAGACAAAAUGGAUUAUGCUCGGCUUCAUGACGGUCACCGCUCUACUGAGUAUGUUCAUCUCAAACACGGCUACUACCGCUAUGAUGGUUCCCAUCGCGCAAUCAGUGGUCAAUCAGUUAGUAUGCGAUUCUCAGCUCGAAAGCGGAGGUCGCGGACGUGUUAAUUGUAAACGAAUGUCGACUGGUCUGGUAUUGUGUAUUUGCGUAGCUGCGAAUAUUGGCGGAAUUGGUACUGUAAACGGAACGCCUAGUAACAUCGUGAUGGUUGGACAGUUGAGGGAACUUUUCGGUGAUGUCGACACAUCGAUGAACUACAUGACUUGGCUCAUUUUCGCUAUGCCGCUGAUGGUUCUCUGCUUGUUCGCAGCAUGGCUAACGUUGGCAUUGUUUUUCCUAAGAGGUGCACCGGCUAAAGACGAUCACAUCACUGAGCUAAUGCAUAAAAGAUACGAAGAAUUACCUAGGAUAAGCUACGCUGAGAAGUCGGUGGUGUUUUGCUUCUUUGUACUGUUAUGCUUGUGGAUUUUCAGAGACCCAGGAUUUUUUAAAGGUUUCAAAAACUUCUUCCCCAAAGACUCUUACACAGAUGCUACAUCGGCAAUGAUUGUUGGUGUGCUAUUAUUUGCCCUCCCCAACGAGAAACCGGAUCUCUUCACUUACAAAUCUAAAGAAGAAAUGAAGAAGAAAGAUCGGCUCAUGGAUUGGCCAACAAUGCAGAAAAAUUUCCCCUGGAGUGUCGUUUUACUUCUUGGCGGUGGUUUCGCCUUAGCUGCUGGUGUAAAAGAAGCAGGACUAUCGAUCAUCAUGGGUAGAUCGUUGUCGACAUUGGAACAUUUGCCUCUAUGGGCGUUACAGAUUCUUUCGAUGGCAAUUACAAUGGGGAUUACAAAUAUUUGCAGCAAUACCGUAACAGCUACAAUAUUCGUACCAAUCGUAGCCACAUUGGCUUCGCAAAUGGAACGACAUCCAUUUUCGCUUAUGCUGCCGACCACCUUAGCGUGUUCGUUCGCUUUCGUACUUCCAGUUGGAACACCACCGAAUGCUAUAGUGUUCGGUUCAGGAAUGGUGAAAGUGACAGACAUGAUAAUCGUUGGUAUCCUGAUUUCCCUGGAAUGUCUUGGACUUACUGUCGCUUACAUGAACACUGCCGCCCACAUAUUUAUUCCGCUAGCCGAGUUUCCCGCUUGGGCGCAAGUGAAAAACGCUACAACGAUGCUGUAG